GGAGCGGAGUGGCGGCGGCGGCGGCUGGGAGGGCCGUGGACCCACCGCAGUGCACCGGCGAGCCCGCCCGACUCCCCCAGGAUGGUUAACACGGGGCAUCAUGCGCCGGGUAACAGGCUCCGAGCUGCUUGGCGACUUGUUUUAAGCAUUUUCUCCCUCGCUCUCGCUUUUAAUCUUGUCUCUAGUGGCGUGUGUAGGGGGGAGGACUUUAUUUCCAUUGGCUAAGCCCUCCCUUCCCACCCACAUCUCUUCCACAUCACCUUGGUGUCUCCCUAAAUAAAACCAGCCCUCCUUAUCGCCUGGAAAAAAUCAGGAGCUAGAGUUUGAAUGGGUUUUAUAUAAACACUCACCCCAGUCAGCGCGCGGCUGGGCUCUGGGAUAAACUCCCAGCGUCUGGCCUGAUGCUGGCCUCUCAUUCUCUACCGUGAACGUCAAGGUUUAAGCAGAGCCGGAGGACUGACAACUCUUCUUCUGAAAUUUGAUUAACCUGAAGCCAGUUGCGGAACUACACAGGGUCCCGAUGGACCUCAAGGAGAGCCCCAGCGAGGGCAGCCUGCAACCUUCCAGCAUCCAGAUCUUUGCCAACACCUCCACCCUCCAUGGCAUCCGGCACAUCUUCGUGUACGGGCCACUGACCAUCCGGCGCGUGCUUUGGGCAGUGGCCUUCGUGGGCUCCCUGGGCCUGCUGCUGGUGGAGAGCUCCGAGAGGGUGUCCUACUACUUUUCUUAUCAGCACGUCACCAAAGUGGAUGAGGUGGUGGCCCAGAGCCUGGUCUUCCCCGCUGUAACCCUCUGCAACCUCAACGGCUUCCGGUUCUCCAGACUCACCACCAAUGACCUGUACCACGCCGGGGAGCUGCUGGCCCUGCUGGACGUCAACCUGCAGAUCCCAGACCCCCAUCUGGCUGACCCCACUGUGCUGGAGGCCCUGAGGCAGAAGGCCAACUUCAAACACUACAAGCCCAAGCAGUUCAGCAUGCUGGAGUUCCUGCACCGCGUGGGCCACGACCUGAAGGAUAUGAUGCUCUACUGUAAGUUCAAAGGGCAGGAGUGCGGCCACCAAGACUUCACCACAGUGAGUACUUGGUUUUCAGCUCACUCUUGUGCUUGGUGCUCUGGAGAGCCGACGUGCCAGUGGUCUCCUGCUUGGUUUGGGGUUUCCUUGUGUUUUGGAACAGGAUCUCGGUGCAAGGCCGGGAGGGUCGUUGGCCAGAGUUGUGGGGGCUGGUUGUAGCCCAGGCCGCUGCCAGUGUGGAAGGCUGUUGUCAGUUCAGAUUAGGGAAGGUGGGUAGGGGGCUUGCCGUGGGGGUGCCAUGUCUCCAGACGGGCCGAGUCGGCUUCCUCCCAGCCAGAGAGGCCUGGGCUGUCUGUUGUCCAGAACGUUUGGUGUCUGAGCUGUGUGAUUGGAACAGCUCGUCAUUGACGAGGUGGCAUUCUCUCUCUCUCUCUGUCUUUCUCUGCUCGGAAGUGGCAUCAGGCACAGCAUCCUGUGGGCUGGGCUGGAGCUCGAGCUGUCAGAGAAGGGGGUGUGGGGCCCCCGGUAGCCUGCUUGGCUCCUGUGGCUUUGGGUGCUUGCUGGAGCAGGUGCUGCUGCAAAGGUGUGCAAGUCUCUCUGCUUCCUUUUCUUAUGUGGAUUCUGAGCUCUGUGUGGGGAGAGGAGA